AUGCAUAAGGUACAGGUAAAUAGAGGAGGGAAAGCACGGGAUGAUUUUGAGAAUAUGGUUACGGAGUUGAGAUCCUCUUAUACCUCAUGGUUAGAUAAGACUGAGGCAUCGUUAAAUCGUCAACAAGAUGAUCUAGAGACGGAAAGGAGGGAUUUCGAGGAAGAGAAGAAGAGAGUUUGGAAGGACUUUGUUGAUGAGAAGAAUAGAGGGAUAAUGAAGUUAAAAGAGGAUCGUAGACGGGCUGACCUUGAGAUGCAGAAUCAAUUCAAACAGAUCAAAACUGAGCGAUCCGAUACAAGGAGGAAGAUAGAGGCUGACAAGCAGAGGUUUGAACUGGAGAAAGGGGAUACUCUACGAAGGUUAAUGUUGAAGGAAGAUGCUCUCACUGAGGCAAAGGAUAAGCUUGAAGUGGAGAGGAAUAGGAUGGCUGAGCAAACUCUAGCUGCUGAGACUAAGGUCGAUAUUAAUGUUGGAGGUACACCAUUCGAGACCUCUCGUGGUACUCUUAUGCAACAACAAGGGACACUAUUGGAAGGCUUGGCAUCAGGGAGGAUUGAGGCACAGCGGGAUCGACAAGGACGAAUAUUCAUCGAUAGAGAUGCUCAUAGUUUUAGACAUCUUUUACAAUUCUUACGUAAUCCUGAGAUACCACCAUGCCCUAAAGAUGCUACCGAUUCAGAGAAGUUGAGUAUAGAGGCUAGCCAUUAUGGGAUACGUUUCUUCCCGUUUCCCUUAGCUUAUGCUAUCGGAGGUCAUUCUGGUCAGGAGCAUCUAAGGAGUGUGGAAGUAUUGGAUGUAGAGCAUCAAUGUUGGCGUCCUUGCCGUCCUAUGAAUACCGAGAGGACGUAUUUCGGUGCUGCUGGAUUCAAUUCUCGAGUAUAUGUCUUUGGAGGGCAAAACCUAGACUACAAGGCACUAUGUGAUAGUGAGGUUUAUGAUGCUCUCAGAGAUACCUGGAUGAUUGGGGCCUCUUUGAAUACACCUCGUCGUAACUGUGCUUCUACAAUAACAAGUGAUGGUAGGAUAUUCGCAAUUGGAGGUUUUGAUGGAGUAUCGAUGCUCUCUAGUGUGGAGGCAUAUGAUCCUCGUAUGCGUAAUUGGAUGGAGGUUGCAUCAAUGAGUACCCCACGCAGUAGCUGUAUGGCUGUUGCUGAUGCAAGUGGUCGUAUAUGGGCAUUAGGGGGUACAUCAGGACGGAGAUUAAAGACAGUAGAAAUAUAUGAUAUCCGUGCGAACAAAUGGUCUUCUACUCCUGGCACUGAUAUGAUUGAGGAAGUCUCUGCUGGUGCUGCUGUAUUCUUUGAAGGGAAUAUCUAUGUUAUUGGAGGUACUGAUAACUCUCAAAUGGUACAUUCAUCAGUAGAGAGUCUUUCAAUAGAUGCUAUGAAUAAUGGUUGGAAUUACAAGCAUCAGGCUAGUACUGAGCGUAUGGAUUGUUCAGCGGCACCUGUGAUGGACUCAAUAUUAUUGGGUGGUGGACAAAAUGGAGGAGAGGCUUUAUCAACAGUCGAGUUUUACACACCAGAUAGCGAUGAAUGGCAAGCUGGACCACCCAUGCUAUCACCAAGGUAUGGACAUGAGUAUGUUAUACUUAGCCUAUGAUAGUGUCAUAAUAAUACUUAUCAAUAGUUUCUUUAAGACUACUACUAAACAGCAACAGGUUA